AUGGAAGACAGUGUUUCUAUAGAUAUUGAUCUUAUCAGAAAAAAGCUUUCUCAAAGCUCCAAUCCAUCCUUUGGGCCAACUACUUCUAUUUUCAGAGUCGACAAAAGAAUUCGCAAAAUGAACGAAGAAGCCUACACUCCAGACACGAUCUCCAUCGGUCCUUAUCAUAGUGACAAGCAAAACCUGCAAAUGCAAGCCAUGGAAGACCUCAAGUUGCGAUACGCACAGGCACUUCUUAUUCGAACAAGCGAAAGAACUAGUCUGGAGAAUUAUAUGGAAGCUCUCAAGAAGGUAGAAACUGAAGCCCGUAGAUGUUACUCAGAACCCAUCAACCACAAAGAAAACUUCAUAGAAAUGUUGCUCUUUGAUGGCUUCUUCAUUAUUGAGUUAUUUAGGAAAUCUGCCGAAGUUGUUAAGCCAGAUGAUGAUGAUCCCAUUUUCUAUUCCAAUUUAAGGAGAGCAAGGGUUGUUCGUGACUUGCUUUUGCCUGAAAACCAAAUACCCAUUUCAGUUCUUCAAACAUUAUUCGAUCUAAGUAAAGAUCCUAACUCUGAUACGAAAUCAUUCAUCGAAUUGGCUCUCAAAUUCUUUGAGGGAUUCAUAGCGGAAGCCAUUCAGAAGUACCCUCAAAAUAACAAGACUAUUAGACACAAGCAUUUAUUGGAUCUGUUAAGCUACACACUUGAGAGUUCUCUUCCACAUGGGUUCAUGAAGAAGCCACCAACAAGUGCAGCAGUACUAGAAUCUCUGUCAUGUGUGACUGAGCUUCGAAAUUCCGGUGUUAAAUUCAGGAAGCGUGCCGACUGUAACUUCAUCGACAUAAAGUUUAGCGAAGGAGUAUUCGAAAUUCCUGAACUAUGGGUUGAUGACUACACAGAUACAUUUUUCAGGAACAUAAUUGCUUAUGAACAACACUGUUAUGGAGGUAGGCAUUAUAUAACAUCAUAUGCUCUCUUGAUGGAUUUCCUUAUUAAUACUGCUGAUGAUGUUGCAAUUCUCCGUGGUUGUGGGAUUAUUAAGAAUCAUCUGGGUGAUGAUAAUAAGGUCUCUUCUCUAAUUAACAAUCUCUGCAAUGAAGUUUCUACUAAACACUUUUGUUAUGGUGAUCUUUGCUACAAAGUUCGUGAAUAUUAUAAUUCUCCUUAUAACAAAUGGAUAGAGACAUUGAGACGUGAUUAUUGCAACAGUCCAUGGACGAUCAUUUCAGUGAUUGCAGCAAUUCUAUUACUUCUUCUUACUAUCUGGCUUGCUGUAUUUGCUGCAUUUCCUGUCUUCAAUGUUCAUGUAUAA